AUGUCGGGCGUAAUGUAUGGAUCGUACGAAAAUGCUCGGAUGGCGUCUGCUUCAACCCUGGAGACGCCGGAAGAAUCCGAAGCGGUGAAAGAAUUCCGCCUCGUGGAAAACCUCUUGCGAGAAUCGUACAGUCUUGAUGGAAAAACACUUCUUGAGCAAGAAGAUAUUGUUACGGAAGCGACAGCGGAACAAUUGGAAGGAAUCGCUCGUUUGCCCAUUUUAAUCGAAAAAUACCCCCAUCCAAAUUUGGCCGAACAGUGUAUGGUGGCCAUCGCGAAUAUCUUUCUGAAAAGUAAGGACGUCCAGCGACAAUGCAUUGCGUCAACGAUGCGACGAAUAAAAUUCCGAGAGUUUCCAUCGUUGGACAUUUUCUUGAGCAUCAUUAUGAAUGUCCAGCAUCAAAACGACUUUCGUGCUAGAGCUGCCUUGAUUAACACGAUCGGAGCUAUUGCUGAACAUCUUGGAGGAAACAGAACAGUUGGCCAUUUGAUUAGACGAUCGCUAGAUUCUCAAGAUGAAGGAGAAAGAGACGCUGCUAUUUGGUCCGCUCAGCAAUUAAUCAAAUAUGACAGCGAGUUCGCAUCUUCGACGAUCGGCCAUAUUGUGGACAUGCUCAAUGAUCCUUCUCUGCCAUCAGAUAGCUUCAGAAAACUCGUCAAGAUCCUUGGAGCAAGCCACGCCGCGGCCUCAGAUCAUGCGAUCAAUUGCUUGACUCGCCAACUGAAGAACGUUAAUACUAGCUCAGUGAUCGGAGGAAUCGGCUGCGAACUCGCCAGUGAGUGCGCUUUACAAUUGGUAAAAUUGUCAGUUCGGAUUCCUCAUCUGGCAGAAAUCACUAGUGAGUUCUUAACACAAUCAGGACUGAAUGACCCGAGGCCGAAGCUGCGUAAGAAGUGUCUCCUUCUUUUGGAAAGACUUGCAUCGAGAGAGGCCUUGUCCACAAAAGCGACCGACCAGUUGCUCGAGUUUCUUGAUGAAAACAUUGAAUCGAACAAGUGGGAGCUGGAAUAUCUCGUCAAAGUGAUAGAGAUUGUUUCCGCCAAAGAAAAUAUAGAAAUCACGGAUGAAUUCUGCACGAAAAUAUACGAGCUGUUUCUGAGAGCGCAGUGUUUUACAAUAAAGAUACAUCUAUGCAAUAUCAUGAGUUCAAUUCUACUAUCCAACAGUGGCAACGCGAUCUUUAAUGUCGACGAUGUUUUCUCUUUCAUUCACGAGUUGACCGAAAAUGAAGGCAUUUUUGGCAAUCCAGCGAUCACGACAGCAAUCGCAAAACUUCUUCAAACCGAUGGUGACAAAGAUGGAAUUGUUCCGAUUGUAGAAGAUCUUAUUGACAGAAUUAAUGGAAAUGGCAAGCAUCAGUUUUCUUGCUUGAAGCUUCUUAGAGUUAUUGGUUGGAGAACGCCAGUGAAUUUUUCCGAUCUAAGCGCGCAAAAUCAUCUACCUGAAGCGGCAAAGGUCAUCUAUAACAACUUGAUCCUGAUGGGAUUGACUCCGGAGCAAGAAAAAUGUUUGAUAAGAGAAUACCCGUCUCAAAACUACAGUUUUGAUCUUUACCGACUCAUCAGAUCAUGCUUUCGAUACAGGAGAUUCUUUUUUGCAAAUCAUUUGUCGAAAAUGAUCUUGGAGAAGUCUCGUGGAAAAGUUCGAAUAAUGUACAAAGCUCACUUUGGUCAUCUGGUGAAGAUUUCAGAAUUUGAAAUGAAUCUCUUCAAUUCAUUCCGAACAUGCGCAGAUAUGGACAACUUUUUGGAGAUUCUUGAGGAAGGCAUGGCCAAGCUAACGAAGCUGGUGAUUCAAGUGAGACCAGCGGCCAAAGUCUGGCUGGAAGCUCGAUGUCUUCUUUUACAAGCAGCCGUUUGCUUUAUUCAGGACACGUCUGAUGCGCCAAUGUCAUAUUUGGAUUCUGACUUCGAGGAGUGCUCUAGCGAUAUUCUUGGACUAUUAGGUUCAGAAAGAGGCAUUGACAAGAGCAGUCGAAGGUCUUAUGAAAUGAUGCAAAAGAUUCUAGACGUAAUGCGAAAAAUUGUCAAUCAUGAAGCAGAGAACUUGAUUGUCACCCCAGAGAUCGAAGUAGAUAUUUUUGGACACGAGCUGAAAAAGCAAAUUCAGGACAGUUUUGCAGAAUGCAAGAGCCAUUUGAAGGAGAAAAGGAGGAUUCCUGCGAUCAUUUCUUUGCUACGAAUUCAACUUGGUUAUCCAAAGGUUUUCUUUAUUUCGCCGAAGGUCGAAGAGGUCAAGAUGGAGCUGACGCCGAUUGUUGAGAAGCAAUAUUCAAAGGGAACAAGCUUGGUGUUCACUUGUGACGGAGCGCUACCUGCUGGGGUUAAAAAUAUCAAGAUUAUUUAUUCAUUGAAGCCUCCUUUCAACGACGGAAAACCAGGAGAGUAUAAAUCGUUCGAGGAAGAUGCUGUUGUGAGGCGAAACUUCUUUACGUCCAACUUUGCCGUCAAUUUUCAAGAGAUUGGUGUCUACAAACUUAAAGUUGAGUAUCAUCUAAUCGACGACGAUAACAUCCAAUGGGCAAAGAAAUUCUUCAAAGAGAUCGUACUCAACUCCCAAGAUCCUCUCCGAGCACAGAAACCAGCCGCUCAAACCAGUCAAUAG